AUUGACAUUCCCCAGACAAGCACUUGCACCUUAACAGGCAUUCUAGCCUUUUAAGCCUUUUUGUUAUUCUUUCUGCUUAUUUUUUCUUAUGCCAUCUCACAUUGGAAUACUUGUGAUAAUCAGGUGAUCCCACUAAGAUGGCAAUGGUAAAUAUUGAAAAUGAUCUUCCUCCUACACAAAUUCUCAAACAGUUGUCUGGCAACCUUGCUGCUUUGCUACCACUACUUUCUGGCUUGGCUGAUAUAAUUCCCAAGAACACUCUUCUGUGGAAGGUGAAGCAGCUCAAAUCAGCUGCUGCUUAUGCCAAUUCUCGUCUGCAUGCCAUUACUGCUGAAGUAUUAGUGCUUGCUAGUUGCAAGGAUAAAAUGCUUCCCAGUGGAGAUGAGGCUCGAAGGCUAUCAAGUUCAUUACGGGACUGCAAAAUCCGCUACUUCAAGGACAAUGGGCAUAUCAUUUUAUUGGAAGAUGGUGUCAAUCUGUUGACUGUUAUUAAAGGUACCUGCAAAUACCGCCGUUCAAGGAGGCUUGAUUUGGUCAUGGAUUUUCUGCCUCCUAGUAUAUCAGAGUUCAGAGAAGUACUCAGAAGUAAUGGGUGGCUCCGCUUUGCUACUAGUCCAGUAAUGCUCUCGACUUUGGAAGAUGGAAAAAUAGUGAGGGGUCUUGGUGGGGUUCCAAAUGAAGGUCCUGUUUUACUAGUUGGCUAUCACAAUUUGCUGGGAUGCGAACUUAUUCCUCUUGUUGAAGAAUUCUUGAGGGAGAAGACUGUUCUGGUUCGUGGUGUAGGGCACCCGGAAUUGUUUACGGCAAACGCUGAAGCUCAGUCCAACAACUUUUCCUUCUUUGAUUUAGUGAAAGUAUUCGGUACAGUGCCUGUCACGGCUAGCAACCUUUUCAAAUUGUUUUCAACAAAAUCACAUGUACUGCUUUAUCCUGGUGGUGCACGUGAGGCUCUCCAUCGUAAGGGUGAACAAUAUAAGUUAUUUUGGCCUGAUAAACCAGAAUUUGUGAGAAUGGCUGCAAGGUUUGGGGCCACAAUUGUACCAUUUGGAGCUAUUGGAGAAGAUGACAUAGCAGAAGUAGUUUUUGAUUACAAUGACAUGAUGAGAAUCCCUGUGCUUAAUGAUUACAUAAGAAGAACUAAUGAACAGACUGUAAGAGUGAGGGCUGAAACGGGUGAGGAGGUUGCCAGCCAAGAUUUCUUUCUCCCGGGCGUUCUGCCUAAGGUACCUGGACGAUUCUACUAUCUUUUUGGAAAGCCUAUACAAACAAAGGGAAGGGAAAAGGAGCUGAAGCACAAAGAAAGUGCGAACAAGUUGUAUUUGCAGAUAAAAUCUGAAAUUGAAUGCAAUCUGGCUUAUUUGAUUAAAAAGCGAGAGGAGGAUCCUUAUAGAGGUAUCAUUGAUAGAACAGUGUAUGGAGCAAUUUCUUAUCCUAUAGAUCAAGUGCCAACUUUUGAACCAUGAACGAAGGGCGAAUGGGAAUUCACUCCUAGCAGAUUACAAGCGCUGUAUUAGAAAAAAGAAUUUGGUUAUCUUCAGUCGUCAAUAUAUUUGAAGAAAGACUUAUCUAUAUAUGUGUCUCAUUUCUGCUCUGGCAUCCACCAUUACUGUAAGACCCUGUGUUACAUUUCUACAAUGGAUCCUCUCACAAGCUAGACUUCCAGAUUCUUGCUUUAUUUGCAUUACUUUAAAAUCUUAUUAGUUCUCAUGGCUUGACCCUUGUGUCAGCUGCAUUCAAGGUUACUUCAGAUAUCUCUUUUCUACUUGACAAAA